AAGCCGCUCUUCGCACAGUCGUUCUUUUUUAACUACUUACAUUCAUUUCUCGACUUGAAGUCAAUUCACAUUCGUUACCGCAAGCCGGCCUUCACGCACAGCACAUACUCUAGUAUCUAUAUAUACAAUAGUCCCAGUUUCAAUAUGCCUUCUAUGCUCAAAUCCAGCUUGUUGGCCGCCGUUGCCGGUGCCGUUUCUGUUUCCGCCCACGGCCACGUUACCAAGGUAACCAUUGACGGCAAGUCGUACCAGGGAUUUGAUCCCACCUCCGCGCCUUACGGACCUCAGCCCGACAGCAUCACUUGGAGUAACGGAGCUAAGGACAACGGAUUUGUGCUCUCAUCGGCGCUCCAAGACCCGGACAUUAUCUGCCACUUGGACGCUACCAAUGCUGCUCUGUCCGCGCCCGUCAGCGCCGGUGGUGACGUCGAAAUCACCUGGAACCAAUGGCCCGACUCCCACAAGGGCCCGGUUAUUGAUUACCUGGCUGACUGCGGCGGCGACUGUUCGACUGUCGACAAGACUACUCUCAAGUGGUUCAAGAUUGCCGAAGCAGGCCAGCUCGCGCUAGGUGCUGGUAGCGGCCAAACCGGCAAGUGGGCCGACGACUUGAUCAUCGAGAACGGCCUUACCUGGAAGGUCAAGAUUCCCAGCUCGAUCAAGGCCGGAAACUACGUUCUUCGUCACGAACUUAUCGCCCUUCACGAGGGUGGCACCGAGGGUAAGGCCCAAAUGUACCCUCAGUGCAUCAACCUCAAGAUUUCUGGAUCUGGCACCCAGUCUCCGGAGGGUGUUGUCGGAACAUCGCUGUAUACCUCUACUGACGCCGGAAUCCUGCACAACAUCUACAACGACGAGAAGCUUUCGUCCGUCGCUGAUUACAAGAUUCCCGGACCUGCUCUGGUGAAGUUUGAUGGAUCUUCAUCGUCGUCGAGCGGCAGCACUGGCUCCUCAUCUGCUGCCCCCGCCCCUACGACCACAACCGCAUCUCAGGCCAGCACACCUACUUCUGCGACCAGCACGUCUACUUCUGUGGCCGAGCAGCCCGCUGUCAGCUCCCCCGCUGCUAGCUCGCCCGCUACCCCUAAGCCGACGAAGACUUGCUCCAAGAAGCGCAACGCUCGACGCCACGCCCGCCAGGUCAAGAACCUAUAAAUGGAAUUAAGCUGUGCUAGGAAUAAGUUAGGAAAGGGGGGAGGAUGAUGAGGUUCAAUUCAAUGUAUAUAUGUCUUAGGUAUCUACAGAGUUAAAAUGCCGUGAUGAAAUUUCAUGUUGCAGAAAAGAUCAUAUUGAAUAUACUAAAAGAAGUACACGCACGUUUAUAGUAUCUCAACUCUGUUCGAUCAAGUCCCUCCUACUUAUUCAAUAGUUGCGAUAUAUGAAUUGAUAUCUUG